ACACAAUUGUCGAAUCUCCACUUUUUUCAUUACUCGCAUUGACUUGGUUUUAUACUGACGCUAGCAAGAUGUCAAAUGUGAAGGCACCAUUAAAUACUGCGCACCAGCACGCAGCGAACGCAGACGACUAUCGAUCACAGGGCCUUCUUAUCCCUGCAGCUGAAGAACACUACAAGGCGGCAGAAGCAUUCAUGGCUUGUGUGGAGCAGUCAAACGACGAAAAUGCAAAGCGGACACUGAGGAUGUUGUACAAUGAACACCUUAAGGCCGGAAAAGAGUUACAGAGGAAGAUAGCCAAGCUUCGAGAAGAUAACCAGGACCCAACGAUGCCUCAAAAGGCUUCUCCACCUGGCACGAACAUGCAUCCAGUUGCAGGUUCCAUCGCUACUCCUUACGCUCCUCACCCUACACCAUCCCCCCCUCCAUAUGCUAGAGGUCUCGCUCGUCUAGCAGAUUCUCAAAAUAAUGUGGAUGAAUCUUUUAUGGUUCUUGGGCAGCGGUCUGACCCGGGCGAUGCAUUCAAUAACUUCUGGAAAAUAAUGGAAGGAAUGCUGGAUAAUCUUUCUCAGCCGGUAGCCUUUGCGACUGCGCCUUUAGGGGUGGAGGCUAACUCCCCCAGAAAGGGGCUACGUAAGGACGGCAGCUCAAGUAGUGACACUGAUAACGAGGAUUCACUAAUAUCGCGAACAUUGAGGAAUACCGGAGUUGAUCUCAAAAGGAACUCGAGACAACAGAUUGGCUUGCGUGAAGAAACGGAUGAGGAGGUGUUAGCGGAUGAAGGCGACGAGUUGUCAGAGUCCUUCUGCUUAAUAUCUUCCGGAUCUGAACCGUCUACCUCAACGCUGAAGAAAGAGAAUGAAAUGCUGAAACUAGAAGUGGAAGCAACGCAAAAACGCUUGGCUGCAUCGGAAAAGGUACUGCAGAUGCGCAAAGAUCAAGACCAGCAAUUGCGCGAUAGCAUUGUGAUGGCCCGACAUCAGGCACAACGAGCCAUGGGAGCGUCUGUGAUACAACAACGCCCGGGACAAGCUGUCGACCUGAGUUCUUUGAAUAUCAAUUUACCUGUUGUUCCUUCACCAAUGACAGCUCUGAAUACGGGGCGAGAUCGUGAGGCACAACUACUACGCCGUAUCCGGGAACUUGAGGAGGAAGUCAGACUGGUUCGCACGGAUAAUGACAAGCAGAAAGCGGUGAUCGCAAGAUUUCGUGACCGUUGGGAAAAGUUGAAAGAAUCGGCGAAACGUAAGAAGGAUGCCAAAGCUGCUGCAGAACUCGCAAAAAUGGGUGCUCGAGAGCGAAUCGAAGAAGAACCCGAGGGAGACUUAGAACUGGAUGAUCAUACGAUAUAGCGCGGUCUUGUGCAGGCCGAUUGAACAUGUAAAGUAUAGUAUAUGAUCUGACUCUCCUUGUAUCGAUAGCUGGUUAUACCCUACUAGUAUGAAUACUGCUUAUUGAUGCCAACAAGUAUUCGUGUUAUAAUGCUU